AUGGCAAAUAAAAAACCAGAAUGGAAUAACGCCAUGAAGAAUGAGGGUCUCGAUGAUAUGACCCUCCUUUCAAAGGUUACCAACGAUCAGAUCUUGGAAAACUUGAAAAAAAGAUUCGAAAAAGAUAUCAUCUAUACCAAUAUCGGUGAUGUAUUGAUCUCUGUCAAUCCAUUCAAACCAAUUCCAAUCUACACUGACGAGAUCCUCCAUGAAUACGAAGGAAAGUCACGUAUUGAAUUGCCACCACACGUCUUCUCCAUUGCCGAACAAACAUACCGUUCCAUGAUUAACGAAAAAGAAAAUCAAUGUGUUAUUAUUUCAGGUGAAUCCGGUGCUGGAAAAACUGAAGCAGCUAAAAAGAUUAUGCAAUAUAUAGCAGAGGUUAGUGGUGAGAAAGGUAGUACCAGUAAUAAAAAGGUGGAGCAUGUUAAAUCUAUUAUUUUGGAAACCAAUCCGCUCUUGGAAGCUUUUGGAAAUGCCAAGACACUGCGUAACAAUAAUUCAUCGCGUUUCGGAAAGUAUUUUGAAAUUCAGUUCAAUAAGACCAAUGAACCAGAGGGUGGAAAGAUUACAAACUAUUUGCUAGAGAAAUCCAGAGUGGUUUUCCAGUUGAAUGGUGAGCGUAAUUUCCAUAUUUUCUAUCAGUUCUGUCGUGGUGCCACCAAGAAGGAGCAAGAGGAGUUUGGUAUCUACGGCCCAGAGAAUUUCGCAUAUCUCACCAAAGGUAACACUCUGGACAUAGAUGGUGUCGACGACGUCGAGGAGUUUGCCGCCACUCGUCACGCCAUGAAUGUCAUUGGUAUCACCGCACAGGAACAAUACAAUAUUUUCAAGUUGAUCGCCGGUAUUCUCUGGCUUGGAAAUGUCGACUUUAUCGAGCAGGCAGGUGACAAGUCGAGUGUUGCCGAUCAAUCGGUACUGGAGUUCACCGCACAGCUCCUCAAUGUUCCAGCCAACUUCUUGAAGACCACCCUCGAAGUGAGACAGUUGGAGACCAAACAUGGAAAUCAACGUGGAACUCAAUACAAUGUUCCACUCAACAAAACACAGGCUAUCUCUGGUCGUGAUGCGCUCGCCAAGGCAAUUUACGACCGUCUUUUCAAUUGGCUGGUGGAGCGUGUCAACCAGGCCAUGGAGAAUCCAAACGUCGGUCUUAUGAUUGGUGUCCUCGAUAUCUACGGUUUCGAAGUGUUUGACCGUAAUGGAUUCGAACAGUUCUGUAUCAACUAUGUCAAUGAGAAGCUCCAACAGAUCUUCAUUGAGUUCACCCUGAAGAUGGAGCAGGAGGAGUACGUCCGUGAAGGUAUCAAAUGGGAGCCAAUUCAAUUCUUUGACAACAAGAUUGUGUGUGAGUUGAUCGAGGGUAAGAAUCCACCUGGAAUCUUCUCGAUUCUCGACGACGUUUGCCGUGCUGUCCAUUCGCAGUCGGACGGUGCUGACAAGUCGUUGCUCCAGCGUAUCGCAGGUUGUAAGUCCAAUCCUCAUUUCGAUGCUCGUGGUAACGCUUUCUGCGUUAAACAUUACGCCGGUGACGUCAUCUACGAAGGUGCUGGAAUGAUCGAAAAGAACAAGGACACUCUUCUCAAGGAUCAUUUGGAGUUGCUACAGAUUUCAACCAACCAAUUUCUGGUUGGAUUGUUCCCCGAUGUCAUCGACCAAGACUCCAAAAAGCUGCCAACAACAGCCGGUUUCAAAAUUAAAUCACAAGCCAACGAUUUGGUAUCGACUUUGAUGAAGUCCACUCCACAUUAUAUCCGUUGUCUCAAGUCCAACGAUAUCAAGAAACCCAAUGUUUUCGACGGUCCUCGUGUGCUCCAUCAAAUUAAAUAUCUUGGUUUGCUCGAUAAUAUCAAGGUGCGUCGUGCCGGUUUCGCAUACCGUACUUUCUUCCAGAAGUUCAUGGAGCGUUACUACUUGUUGUCCGACAAGACUUGUUAUGCCGGUGCCAACAUCUGGAAGGGUGACGCACUCGGUGGUUGUCGUGCCAUUCUCCAGUCGCAAAAUGUCGAGCAAUCGCAAUACCAAAUCGGUAAGACAAAGAUUUUCAUCCGUUAUCCAGAGAUGUUGUUCGCACUCGAAGAGACACGUGAGCGUUACUGGCACGACAUGGCAUCGCGUAUCAAGAACGCCUAUCGUAACUACAAGGCAUUCCAAUACGAGUGUUCCAAUCGUAUUAAAAAUGCUUUCCGUAACUACAAACUCUAUCGUCAGCGUUGCGCCCAAACCAUCCAGGGUUACUACCGCGCCUGGAAACAAGCCAGUCCAUACUUUGAUUUACGUAUGCAAACCGAACAGCUUAUUCAAGGCAGAAAGGAGCGUCAACGUUUCUCAAUGAUUAGCGUCAGAAAGUUCUAUGGAGACUACUUAGACGUUCGUUCUCAGACCUAUUUACUCGACGCUAUGGCCGAAGGUCGUAACGAAGAGGUUGUCUUCUCUGCCAAGUGCCAGAUUAUCGUACAUCCGCUGUUGUCGGGUAACAAGAUGAGUCCAAGAUUCUUCAUUAUGACCAAACAGGCAAUCUAUUUGAUCAAACUCAAACAAAAGAAGAAUCUCGCACAAUACUUGUUGGAUCGUCGUCUUCCACUCUCAGAGGUACAAUCGUUCACCAUGUCCAAUAUCGGUGAUAACUAUCUCUUUAUCCACGCUCCAAUGGAUUUCGAUAUUGCCAUGUGUUGUGACUUCAAGACCGAGUUGGUUGCACUCAUCAACAAGACCAAAGGUUCACAACUACCAAUCAACUUCUCGCCGGAAGUCGAAUAUCAAAAGAAAAAGAAGAGUAACAAUACUUGUAAGUUCCUCAAGGACGAGAUGCACAAGGAACCAUUCUUCAAGAAGAAUACUGUGCAUAUUGCUUCACAGUUGCCACCUUCAACCACCGUCAACAAACCACGUAAGAAUCCAAGUCGUAACUUGAGCAGCGGCGGUGGAAGUGGAAGCGGUGCACCCAAGAAACUGCCACCACCAGGUGCCAUCAAACCAAAGGCUGCCGCAUCCAAGCCAAUGCCCACACCAGGAGGUGCCAAGAAGAUGGCUCCAGCUCCAGGAGGUGCUCCAGCGAAACCAAUGCCAACCCCAGGCGCCAAGAAGAUGGCACCGGCUCCAGGAGGUGCUCCAGCGAAACCAAUGCCAACUCCAGGUGUUGCCAAAACCAUGCCAACUCCAGGUGCUGCCAAACCAAUGCCAACCCCAGGUGCUGCCAAGCCAAUGCCUACUCCAGGUGCCGCCAAACCAAUGCCAACUCCUGGCGCUGUCAAGCCAAUGCCAACCCCAGGUGCCGGCAAGCCAAUGCCAACUCCAGGUGCUGCCAAACCACCAGGAGGAAGAGGAGGACCUCUCCCAACACCAGGAGCACCCAAACCAGCUGGUGGACCAAAACCAGCAGCUGCCAAGCCAGCAGCACCACCCGCUGAAAAAUACAAAGCAGUGUACGACUACGAUGCUCAACAACCAGACGAGCUUACCUUUAAAGAAAACGAUAUCAUUAUAUUGGUAAAGAAAGUUGAUAACGAUUGGUGGCAAGGUGAUCUAAGAGGUAAAGUUGGAAUGUUCCCAUCCAACUAUGUAGAGAAAGCAUAA